ACCAAGAACUUCCGGAGAAAUAUGGCACAAAAAAGGAAUUAUAUUGAUCGACUACCAAACGAGGUGUUGUGCAUGGUGUUUGAUCAUCUCAAUCUGAGGAACAUAAAAAACGCGUCGCGCACCUGCAAACAGUGGAACAACAUCAUAUUCAAUAGUGGAUACAUAGACCGAUUCAAGUUCAGCAUAAGCGUAUUCACCAAGGCACUUUGGAAGGACGAGUUGAUGACGUCGCUGAAGAAUCGCGUGAAGCGCCUAGCAGAACACACAGAACGGCGUUAUCGCAAUUUCGGCUUGGUUGUAACACAUCAAACGGUAUAUUCCAUUGUAAACGUAUGGAAUAUUAUGCAUCCAAAAACGACGACCAAUCUCCGCCAGCUGAGUCUUCACGUUAUGGAUGGUCCGUUGUCGGAAAUAUUGCCUUUGUUCACUGACGUGAUUCCAACGUUGCCUCAGCUUCAAUUGCUGUCCAUAACAGACUACCAUACAAUACUCGAUAGUAGCAUGUACCCGAACAUUCUCCAGAACGAUAUACCUAUCAUUAGAAGCAAUUCGGUCGAGAAUCUGACAAUGCGCAGUAUGUAUAUAUGCACGAUUGACAUGCCCCAGCUGAAAACAUUCAAUGGUGCGCUGAGCGCCCUUCAAUCUCCCGAUGAUAGCUCGCCGUCACCCUUGUUUGCUAGGAUGAAGGAACUUACGCUUACCCGGCUUCGUCGAUUAUCGUUUGGUGGAAUUGUAGUGGAGCGUAAUUUUUUCUUUGACUUCUCGAAACUACCUCAACUGGAGGAGCUUGAUCUGGGGUACACGCAUAUAAUAGCUAUAUGUUUGCUGUGCCUGCCGAAGACAAUCAAAUCACUUGGACUGCAUGUCAAUCGUAGCAAUGAACGUAACGUGAUGGAGAUCAUUCCGCGCAGCCUGAUGAUGCUGCAGUUGACGGAACUUCGUUUGGUUUACUAUGACGAUUCACCAUCAAAGGAAAUCCUGAAAGUUUUACCUUUUCUCGAAAACCUGAAGGAAAUCCCCAAUACCAUCACAAAGGCCACAACUGCUGGGUGUCCAAACGAAACGAAACGAUCAUCAUCGGAUAGCCUAGCCGAAAACAGCAAUCCUUACGAUAUGAACACGACGAGCCGUGGUAGCUUCCUGGAGCUGAUCGAAGCCUUUAUGGAGCCCGUUAGUUCAUUCACCCAGGAGAGCAGCCCCGAACCCAAGGCACCACUGGAUGAGCAGGAGAACACUAGUACACCGAGCUGGAUCGAACAGCAAUUUAUAGCGGAGUUGGCGAGAAACUCGUCGAGUUUGGAUGAAACGGAAUCAUGUUACGAUAUCUUUCCUAUCGGAAGCACAGCAGAUCCAGAACGGUUAAAUGCUGUACUCGAAGACCAGCAGCAGAGUGUUGAUCACAUUCAACGCAAAUUAAUGGAAGACGUAAACCCGAUCGAAGAAGAUAGAACAAAAGGGCACCCGGAGAAUCCAACGGUGAUACCAAGCUAUUCACACGAUGGGGAAAGAGCAACUGAAAUGCUAUCAUCUACGAAACAAGACGAAAAAGGUGAAUACACACCGAAUAUUACACUCGAGACUAUCACAGAUCCGGACUUAAAACCCAGAACAGUGUCACGUGUAUCGCAGGGCGAUGAUGCAGUGAUGGUAAUGAAGAAACCGAGAGCUGAAAGUGAGAUACAUAUCGAAAUGUAUCCUCCCACUGUACAAUGGGAUACGGAACAAGGUCCCAACAUUACAUUUCCCGUUGAAGAGAACCACGGAAUAGCAGAAGAACACUCGGAGGCUCCUGCUACUAUCCCGAUCGAUGAUACUUCCUUGAAGCAUGCACAACUACGCUGCCGUAUCAAUGCUGUGCUGCAGCAUAUUGACCAACAUGUCUGCGAAGGUGUACCACUGAUAGGUAGGCAGAAACUGAACUGGGAUGACUGUACCCUGGAGGAGGGCAUAUUACAACCAACGGUCGCCACGUUGGAAGCGACGAAAGGUAAACGAAUCAAGCACCAAAGGCUGCAACUGAUCGUACGAAUGCUGGCCACCGUUCACCAAUUACUUACCACCGGAACGAGUUGUACCAAGCGGGAAUUGUACUAUCUGCAUCUUGACUUAGUCCGUAGUCCGGCCUGUUGCUACGCGGCCCUUGCCGACGUUUGCGCACUGCUCGAUGUUGAGCCGUGGGAGGUGAACGUGUUUAAUACGUCGAAAGGCCUGAUCGCCGGUCCGCUAGUGCUGAUAAUGGGAAGUGGCGAAACGAUCGAUUGCAGUACUUGCCGCUGGGGUACGCCGGUACCGAUGGAUGUGAGCAGUGUCAUGCUGGUGCAGAGUACGGCUAAGGCUGUACUGGUAGUGGAAAAGGAUACCGUCUUCAAGCGAUUGCUCGAAGAUGGACUCAUGGCCAAAUGCGCCAACAGUUUGCUAUUGAUAACGGCAAAAGGAUACCCAGAUGUGUCCACUAGAUUGUUGCUGCGUAAGAUCGUCGAUACACUUGGCUUACCCGUGUACGCACUAGUGGAUGCUGAUCCUCAUGGGAUCGAGAUCCUUUGUGUCUACAAAUUUGGAUCAUUGGCCAUGGCGCAUCGACAGCAAUCACUAGCCGUACCAACGAUCCAAUGGAUUGGACUGUUUCCCUCCGACAUAGAACUGCUGGGGCUGCACAGCAUAUCUUUACGGGAUAAUGAGUUACGGAAGAUUGAACUCAUGAUCGAGCGCCCAUAUGCGGCAGGAUUGAUCAAGAAGGAGCUGCUGCUUCUGCGUCAGCUGGCCGUAAAGACCGAGAUCGAAAGUUUGUUCCACAUCGCUUCGGAUUUCAUCAUAACGGUUUAUUUGAAACAGAAGCUUAAAGAGUGUUCGAUCGGAAGUUGA